AUGGCGCCAUCUCCCCAGUCCGUCGAUGUCGUCGUCGUGGGUGCCGGGCUCAGCGGCCUGCGAGCCGCCAGAGAACUCCACAGCGCUGGCCUCAAGUACGUUGUCCUCGAAGCAAGGGAUCGGAUUGGCGGAAAGACGCUUUCGGUGCAGGCAUCUCCCGGUGGCAAAGGUCUUGUAGACAUGGGUGCGGCGUGGAUAAACGACACGAGCCAGUCCGAGAUGUAUAACCUGGCAAGGGAGUUUGGGUUCGACCUGGUCGAGCAACGCACAGGAGGGACCAGCCUCUACAGAGAUGGCGAGGGCGAGGUGCAUUGCAUUCCGUACGGGGUGCCGGCCAAGCUUGAACCAGAGCAGCUCCGUCAAGUCGAGCAACUCCUACAGGUCAUUUCCGAGCACGUCGACAAAUGCGACCUGGAACACCCCGCAGGGGGGCUUGAUGCCCAGCGUUUGGAUUCCAUCACAGUCAAAGAGUAUGCGGAUGGUUUCAACGACCCAGGGGCAUCGCAACUGGUGAACGCCAUCACGCGCAGCCUGCUGGGGGUCGAGAGCGAUGAGCUUAGCGCCCUUUUCUUCCUGGACACUUUGAAACGAGGGACCGGCUUGACCAACGUGCUGUCCGAUCAUAAAGACGGCGGUCAGUAUCUCCGGAACCGCCAAGGCAACCAAGCCUUCUGCGAACGGCUCGCCGCGGGGCUCCACGCCGAUAGCGUCAAGGUCAAUUGCGCUGUGGAAGCGAUCUCCCCGCGAGACGCUGGCUGCGUCGUCGAAGCAAGCAACGGGGCCUCGUAUAAGGCACACAGGGUCAUCGUCUCGGUGCCCACACCCUUCUACUCGAGCAUACGCUUCGACCCGGAUCUCCCGCCGGGCAAGAAGACGCUCAGCCAGUCGACAGAGUCCGGCUACUACACCAAGACAGUCCUCGUCUUCGACGAGCCGUGGUGGCAUUCCACAAACCUCUCCGGCGAGUACAGCUCCGCCAACGGGCCCAUCGGCUUCACGCGCGACACCUGCGUCCCCGCAGACGGGCAGUACAGCAUCACCUGCUUCCACACCGGGGCCUCAGGCCGGCAGUGGUCGACGCUCUCCGCCGAGGAACGAAGGCGCGUCGUGCUGGAGGAUUUUCGCGCCGCGUUCCGCAAGGUAGUCGACCCGGUUCCGGAGCCUAUCCAUGUUGUCGAGAAAGACUGGACGCAAGACGAGUGGGCGCGAGGGGGGCCGGGUCCGAUUAUGAAAACUGGGCUUUUGGCUGGGGAGGCGGGCAAGAGCAUCUCCGAAUCAUUUGGAAAUAUUCAUUUUGUUGGCACGGAGACGUCGCCCAUGUGGCGGGGAUAUAUGGAAGGGGCUGUAAGGUCGGGAAUCCGAGGAGGCAAGGAGGUAGCUGCGGCUUUGACGAAAUAG